AUGGGGGGUUGCACAAAUGAUCACAAUUUUGUGACAAAGACUGUUGAUGUUGGACAAACUGUGACACUUUCGUGUAUUCGCCAGUCAACACUUUUGCACCAGGAAACAUUAUUUUGGAUCAGACUUUCUGGAAACCAGUUUGAAUUCUUGGGAGGAACAUUCACCUUUGAUUAUGAGGAUGUUAACAAUACGUCUCAUAUUACAGUAAAACAAGAACCUGGAACCUUUAUUAUGCAAAUCAGUAAAACUAAACUAAGUGAUACUGGUUUAUACUACUGCAUAAAAGUCAGACAGCUUGCUAUGACCUUUUUGGAGGGAACAUUUCUGACCAUCAAAGGUCCAGAACCUGAUGUCAUACAAAUGCGAUCUUCUGAUCGCAUUCAUUCAGGAGACCAAGAGACUCUGCAGUGUUCAGUCCUCUCUAAGUAUGAGAAGAAAACUUGUCCAGAAAAUCCCAGUGUGUACUGGUUCAGAGCUGGAUCAGACAAAUCCCAUUCCAUUCAUGUUCAUGGAAACAGUGGUGAUGAAUGUGAGAGCAGCUCUGAAACUCCCUCACAACGUAAAUGUGUCUACAGCUUCUCAAGGAAUGUCAGCUCCUCUGAUCCUGGGCCGUACUACUGUGCUGUGGCCAUAUGUGGACAGAUCAUUUUUGGAAAUGAAUCAAAACUGGACAUUAAAGGUAAAUGUUAA